UAAUUGUAAUCAUUGGCGUCAAUACAAUGAGCACUACAUGUUGUGUUUGCGGCGAUACUAAACAAAUCGGUCGAAAUUUUGGUGCCAUUACUUGCGAGAGUUGUAAAGCGUUUUUUCGUAGGAAUGCCUUCAAAAAUAUAAUGUUAAACUGUUUCUCCGGCGGGAAAUGCAUUGUAAACGUUAACAAUAGGAGAGUUUGCCCCAAAUGUCGACUCGAAAAGUGUUUCUCAUCGGGAAUGAAGACUGAAUUAAUGAGAAGUUUAGCCGAAAAUGAAAAGCGAAAAAAUAAAAGACAAAAAGUGGACACAAAUGGCGCGAAUUCAACGCCAAUGAGCGGCGGAACCAGCGAUGAAUCCCAGGAACAAGUGAUGGCCGAAGAGGUGGAGGAAGUGGUGGACAACGAGAAUGAAUGUCAAGAAAUUGAUAAUUUAAUUCGCGAUCCGUUGAACAUCACCGACGAUGAGCUGUUCCAACACGUGAUGGACAUCAAGAGUCUGUCCGAUAGUAACGACGACUUAAUCAAUGAUAUUAAACAACGAGUCGGCAAAUACUCGACACUACCUAUGGUUAGGGUUAUCACGGAUUACGAGGGUAUCAAUCAGUUGGAGAGGCGGCGUAUCGACGACUUGUUGAACGCGUCCAGUGUUUUCAAUUACGUUAUACCCAGCGAUGGUAUAGUGUAUCAAAAUGACCAUGGUCUAAAUAAGCAACUAUAUCAGCAAUUAUAUAAAGCACAGCAACACAAUAGUCGGGCUAUAGAUGUGGUAAAUUUCACCAAACGUUUGGAGGGGUUCACAAAGUGCUGCGCCGACGACCAGUUGUCGCUCGUGAAGUACGGCUGCGUUGAACUCAUUUAUUUGCGCGGCUUUAAUAUCAGCCACAGUUUGGCCCAAUGUGUGCACAUUUUUAUGAUGUUAUUACAGGACAGCGAAACCGAUGUCUACUAUUUAUUCAAGAAGUUUGCCGAUAAAUUUGUGCCCAAUUUUGAUGAUGAUAUGAUUAUUGCCAACCUGUUGACUGCCAUCAUACUAUUUAAUCCUAAUCGCAAGGGCCUGACACAUAAAGUUAGUAUUAAACUCGAACAACAACUGUAUAUAUAUUUACUGCAAAGAUAUCUACUAUUGAAAUACGGAUCCGAAUCGCAGAUAAGACUACAGGCGCUGAUGACUGGGUUAACAGAUCUGAGAAUUGCCACAGAAUUACAUAAACACAAUAAAAUGUGUGUAAAUCACGAGAACCAUGAGUUGGCUCAUGAUUUCGGGCAACUUUCCCGAGAGAUCCAUGAAUUG